AUGGCAGGUCUUGGACAUGCUCAAACGGUGGUGUUGAGUUUACUGGAUGGCCUUGAUGUGUGUCAUCGAACUGUGGUAGCUGACAAUUUCUUUACCAGUAUUUCUCUUGCGGAACGUAUGUUGGAACAUGAUACGUAUCUUAUUGGAACACUGAGAAGUAAUCGUGCCGGAUCGGGAAGCGAACAGCAAAACCUUAGACGUGGUGAAGCUUAUGGACUGGGAAAUAAAGAUGGCAUCAAACUGAUCGUGCAUAUGAAAAAAACGUUUGCAUUGGUUUAA